AUGGCUAAGUUCUUACGCACAACUAGCUGCCAGGCCCUCAGCACCGAGAGACCAGCUGUACUCAGCCUCUCCAGCCUCAUGAGGAACACUCUGUCGGCUCCUCUCAAUGUGACGAUCAGAGAGCUGGAGGCGAACACAGCCAUAGUCACAUGGGAGAUAGUGGAGGGAGAUCCCGUCAUCGGAUUCGCCAUCACACAACAGAAGAAGGAUGUGCGCAUGCUGCGGUACAUCCAGGAAGUGAACACGACCACGCGCUCCUGUGCACUGUGGGACUUGGAGGAGGACACGGAGUACAUUGUCCAUGUCCAGAGCAUCAGCAUGGGAGGUAGUAGUCCUCCCAGCGACCCGGUCAGCUUCAGAACUCCCAGAGAGUCUGAGAAACUGGCCUCCACGGGCCCAGACGAGGUAAGCAGGGAGGCGAUGGAACAGGCAGUUCAGCUCAGAGUUGGAGAGCUCAUCAUCAUCGUAGUGGUGCUCGUCAUGUGGGCAGGUGUGAUCCUCCUGUUCUGUCGUCAGUAUGACAUCAUCAAAGACAACGAGCCCAACAACAACAAAGCCAAGACCUCGUCCGAGUGCAGUACGCCCGAACACCCACAGGGGGGGCUACUGCGCAGCAACCUCUGAAACCAGCCCCCACCGGCCACUCACCUAUAUGGCAAUACCCUCUAAUCCUAUUCCUCAGGACAGAUCCUGAGACCAACAGAACCACUGAAACCAUUCAGAACCCUCCCUACAACAACAGAAACACACCAGGACUAAUACUAAGACCAGAAUGUAACCCAGCACUCAUUGAUAAAGCCAUGAGCAGAGUCAGACGAAGACCAGAUUCACAA